AGUUCCCUCUCACCAUCAGGCGUUAGUCCACGGCAGCUUCAGCCAUCACUCCCAGAAAGAGAACACAACUACAAACAGUGUGUGAGGAUGCCUUGCUAAUCCUCUUGUUAUCUUGGCCAUGUUACUGGCCCCUGCAGACACAGUAAUAUUUCUGCUGUUCAUCUCAUUCCCCACUAGGGUGUUAAGAGCUUAGCAGUGAUUAGGGUGGAAAGUGCGUAUCAGCAACUGCUGCCUCAACAUUUCAGCCGGGACCUCACAUCUGAAAGGACAGAACUCCAGGUGGUAAAGCCCUUCUGUUCAAAAGAUAUGCGUGUUGCAGUAAUUGGUGCCGGGGUCAUUGGGCUGUCGUCAGCACUGUGCAUACAUGACCGCUAUCAUUCUAAGGUGACCCCUCUGUCCAUUGAUGUGUAUGCGGACCGGUUCACUCCACUGACCACCAGUGAUGGGGCAGCAGGACUAUGGCAGCCAUAUUUGUAUGAUAACGGCAAUACGCAGGAAACCAAAUGGAACAAAGAGACAUUUGAUUACCUUCUAAGCCUCAUCAACUCUCCUGAUUCCAUCAAAAUGGGAAUCUUCACCCAGUCUGGAUACAACCUGUUUACAGAGCCUAUGCCGGAACCCUCUUGGAAGGACAUUGUGCUUGGCUUCCGGCACCUUACCCCUCAAGAGAUGAAGAUGUUCCCUGAUUAUAGAUGUGGCUGGUUCAACACUGCUCUUAUGAUAGAAGGAAAGAGUUACUUGCCAUGGCUCAUGGACAGGCUCAAUGAACGUGGGGUUAAAUUUCACCAAAAGAAGAUUGUAUCGUUCCGAGAGCUGGCUGACCGCAGAGUGGAUGUCAUUCUGAACUGUACUGGAGUGAGAGCUGGUGAACUGCAGCCAGACCCCCUGCUGAAGCCGGGACGAGGGCAGAUUUUGAAGGUGGAUGCUCCCUGGUUGAAACAUUUCAUCAUAACCCACAACCCUAAAACUGGCGUGUAUUCUACACCCUACAUCAUUCCAGGAAGUCGCUCAGUGACUGUCGGAGGCAUUUUUCAAGUGGGAAACUGGAGUGAAGACAACAACUCUGAGGAUCACAGGAAAGUCUGGGAGGAAGGGUGCUGCUUGGUGCCCAGCCUGAAGAAUGCCCGAAUUAUGGAUGACUGGACAGGCCUGCGGCCAGUGCGCAGUUCAGUGCGACUGGACAAUGAGACGUUGCAGUUUGGAGAUAAACAGUGUGAGGUUAUCCACAAUUAUGGACAUGGAGGUUAUGGACUCACCAUCCACUGGGGCUGUGCGCUGGAAGCCGCAAACCUUUUUGGAAAGAUUCUCGAGAAGAAGAGGCUGACCACUCACUCCCGCUUAUGAGCCCUCUGAUGGACAGGCUUUGGUACCCAUGUUUGAAGAUCCAAAGCUGAAGGUCCGGUUUUGGAAAUCUUGAGUUUGUGUUAUUCAGUGCUGAGCAGCUACACUUCAAAGGAAUUUAAUUAUUUGACUUUAAUUGCAACAGACCAAGUAAUUUUUCGUGAUGUUCAUUUUCAGCUUUUAAAAAGAAUCUCACAAGAUGGCCUUUGGUUAACUUAAGGUAAAAAUUUGUUUCAUGCCAUCAGACCUUGAUUCUUACGUUUUUUGUUUGUAAUUCUGUUUUCGUCAGAUUGGUUCCUCACACCAUUAAUUUUGAACAGUGCUGCUUUUUACCUUGUCUUAGUAACGUCAGAAUUGGGAUUCAUUUGAUCGAUGUUUACUCUAAUUCACUAUGGAGAAUGCUGGCUCACCAGAGCUACUGCACUACGGCUUGGUACUUCUAGUGUCAUGGGACAUUGUGACGCUAUAUAAAACAAUCAGAUGCUUGUACAUCGUUGACACUAAAGAGCACAUGUACAAAUCUCACUGCCAAAUGAAUUUUUAGUAUCAAAGGAAGAGUUUUUUUGCUUUGUGAUUUUAAUGGCAAGCAGUGCAGGCUAAUCUGAUACAGGACAAAAAAAUUAAAGACACUUAAAUAUUUAUACAAUGCUA